UGAAGACCAGUUACAGACAGGAGAAUUGAUGGAACAAGAAGAAGACGAUUUGGAACAAAACGAAGAACCUAGCCUAAACAGAACUGCCGAGCUGAUGAAAGAAAACAAAUCAAUGAAGGAGAAGCUUAAACAGAAAAACAAGGAGAUUGAAAAAUUAAAUCUGACAAUUAAAGAACAGGAAAAAGAAAUCAGGAAUCUUAAAAAGUCAGAAGUAUCUUAUCUCUUGAGACUAAGCCAGGAAGAGCACAGACGCUCAAUCCCAGAAGAUGCUGCAGGUAGAGCAAGAGCAAAAUUAUUGGAAAAACCCGAAAAAAAGAAACCUGUUCAAACUAGCAGUAAACUGGCUAAUGCACAACCCCAGACUGCAUCACAAAAAAGGAAAAUCAUUGCAAAGACACACUGGGAGGAUAAAGCCAGCAAGUUUGAUGGGAAAAAGAAGCCAAAGAAUGACAGCAGUGAAGAAAUUAGUGAGAAAAACUGCGGAAUGGUUAAAUAUAGAGAGGAAGUAUACUUUGGCCAAUUUGAAAAACCAGACAGAUUCAUAUUUUGCAAAUCCCCUGUUGCAAAAAUAUGCUUGGACGGAAACACAUAUGAGAAAUUGGAGACAGAAAAAACGAAGAAUUUAAACUUCCGCGAUUGCAAAAAUGUUUCUGCUGAUGAUAUCGUGUUAAAAUUUAAAGGAGCAGUAGAUUCGAAGGGGAAAAUGAAAAUAAUGUUGACAGAGGAAGAAUGUGAAAUGGCUAUAAAUACUUUCUUAAAUUCUCAUUAGGUUUGGUAUUGACAUAUUUUGAGUUAUCACUAAAUUAUGAAACAUUUUAAAAAGAUUGAAUAUACAAAUAGUUUUGAAAGAUUGCAGCCCCAUCGCUGAAUAUAUUCCGUGAAGGAUUGAUCCAUUUUAGAAAAUUUAGAUAAGUUUUUAGCUCACCACAGCUGAAAGCUAUGGUGAGUUUUUGUUUGGCGUCCGUCUGUGUGUAUGUUUACUCCGAAGUGAGUGGUUUAUAUUUUUAUGUUUUGAAAUAUUUGAUAAUUGUUGAAUCAUUCUUAUUAUUCUACUGUUUCUGUAAUUUUGUUUUUGUACAGUAUCUUUUGAAGGGUUCAUUUCAUGAAUUCUAUUUGAGGUGUUUGUGUUUAAACAUUCUUGAUUUCUCUGUAUUUCGGGGUUUUUUUUUACACAAUAGUGAGUGACUUAAAGGAAUUUUACACACUCGGAAUUAAAUAGAGUUGAAUUUGUGAACGAACUCGGAGUAACAUUACCCCGAAGCAAACUCCCGAUUCUGUUUAGGAGUUUAUAUUGAAUCCCUUGUAUUUUAUUUGAAGUGCCUUCAUAUGUCUAAAUAUUGUUGAAUCGAUAACGAUAGUCUAAGAGCAGUUUUAUAGAGUCAUAAUAUCUAUUUAGUGACCAACUCGAACUAUUUUUGUACGCUCGGCAUAUUGUAAAAAGGGAAAUUGUUUACAAUGGAUUCGGAGUAACAUUACUCCGAAACAACGGUUAAAAUUUUUUUCCGGUAAUUUUGUGUGUGUUUUAAACAAUCUAUUUUGAAGGGAAUUAU